AAGCUGCUGAAGCAAUGAUGGAAAUCAUAAAGGAGAAUGGAGCUGAUGCUGAUAAACAAAAGUCUAAUGCCGGGAACUCACAUCAGUCUGCUAGUUUUCGCCGUUCAGAUGUGAGUGGAGCCAGUGUCAAAUCAUUUGCAUUUCCAAUAUUAACAGGGGACCAUAAAAUGGAUAAUUCUUCAAAGCAAAAUGCAUCAUCACCCAUCACUCCAAAAGCAUCCCAAGAGCAAGAUUUGCAGCAAAAAUCACAAGAAGGAACCUCUAACCCAGAGCCCUCCAAUAAGCCUUCAAAUGCUGGUCCAAGUAAAUGGUUUUCCUGCUUACCCUGUUUCUCAUCCCGUAAUUGAUUGGGAAGAAGUGGCUGAUCUAAUUUUGUACAGUUCACAUGACAAUGCCCUUUC